AAGUGAAGAAGAAUCUCGCGGUCUGUCAGGCGGUUUCCCUCCUUGCGGAGAACAAAUAAAGAUCUGUAAGUAUAGAUCAAUAACUGUUAUUAGACUGAUUUAAUGGCGACACCACUGAAGAGGCGAUUCCGUGCCAGUCCGUUGCUGAGCGGCAGCUGCUCACGCAGACAGAAGAAGAUCUCCAUCGAGGGAAACAUUGCUGCAGGGAAGUCUACGUUUGUGCGUCUCCUCCAGGGGGCGUCGGAGGACUGGGAAGUGAUUCCUGAACCUAUUGGAAAAUGGUGUAACGUCCAGAAUGACAGCGACGACAUUUACAAGGAGCUGAGUUCCUCUCAGAAGAGUGGAGGGAACCUGCUGCAGAUGUUGUACGAUAAACCUAGCUGCUGGUCCUACACCUUCCAGAGUUAUGCGUGUCUCAGCAGAGUUCGUUCUCAGCUUCAGUCUCCGUCAGUCAAACUUCAGCAGGCUGAAAACCCUGUUCAGUUCUAUGAACGCUCUGUUUACUCAGACAGGUACGUGUUUGCGUCCAACCUGUUUGAGUGUGGUAACCUGUCGGACACAGAGUGGGCUGUUUACCAGGACUGGCACACCUGGUUACUGAACCAGUUUGAACCUGAGAUCGCCCUCGACGGAAUCAUCUACCUGAGAGCCCAGCCACAGCGGUGUAUGCAGCGGUUGCUCCGGCGGGGACGGGAGGAGGAACAAGGGAUUCCUCUGGAGUAUCUUGAGCAGCUACACUUCAGACAUGAGGCCUGGCUCUACCACAGGAACCUCAGGUUGGACUUUGAUUACCUGAAUAAUCUACCUCUUCUGAUUCUGGACGUCGACGACGACUUCAAGAAUGAUCGUAUCAAACAGGAAGCCAUCGUCGACAAGGUCAGAGCCUUUCUCACCAUGCUGUAGAUUCAUCUACCAAUCAGAGCUCAGGAUGUGAGCGGCAGCUGCAUCUGAUUGGAUGAUGCAGUUACACUUUGUAAAUGUUUCUCUGAAUUUUUAAUUUUUGUUUUUGUCCGAGCGUCGACUCAGGGCUCCUGUCAGCUGAUGUUUCAGAGCUUCAUUGGAAAACCUCAAGUUUGUAGCAGCAGUUUUAAUCUUUUUCUUAACUUCAUGUUAAUUUUUAUUUUUUAUAUUUUGUAGAUACAUUUUAAAAUGAGUCAGUGAAGGCAUCGUGUGUGUGUGUGUGUGUGUGUGUGUGUGUGUGAGAGUGAGUGUGUGUAUUAAAACUAUGUAUUUACUUGAA